AUGACACGAUUCUUUCUGGAGAACAUAGUGAAAUAUCACAAUGUAAUGGAUCCGAUACCAUUAGGUUGGGCAAAAGUAUUUGGAGUGACUCAAGAUACUUUCAAUUUAAAGGUUGAAAUGUCAAGUUCUUUCUGGGAUUUCUUUUUGGUGGAAGGGCGCAGAAAUUUAAACGAGUACAACAGGAAAAAUAACUGUGCAGUAAAAGUUUUCCGUGGUAAGACAGUUAAAGUGAACGACUUAGAAAGCUUAAGCCUUUACUUGAGAAAAAGGAUUCGCCAAUAUUGCAUGGAUAAGAACUUGGAGGUGCCAGAAAUUUUUGUAAAAAAUGCAUUUUUAUCAAUAAGAAGUUUGGUUAAUAAAGAAUUGAAGAGAUUCAAAUCUACCGAAUUAGCGAUUAAGUUGGGGUGGAAGUAUUCUGACUGGCAAGGAUCUCCCAUUAUAUCAUUGUUAAACAGUACCGAAUUGAACCGAUUUAAAAGAAAUGAAAAAGAAUGGGGAUCGGUAACUCUUGAAGAAAUAAUUGGUGUUGACAUUAAUUCUGUUGCGGGAUCCAAAACACAGGAAGUAAGAAAAUCAAUGUUAUACAAUUAG